GUAUGCGCAAUACUUGAAGAGGGGAUGGAAUACUGUGUCUCCGUUCAUAGGGGAAGAUGGGGGAAAAAAAAAUGCGGCGCCAGCGGCGUUCGUGCAUGCGUUUGGAUGCAGGGUGGAACCGGGGGUACGUAUGCCUUUUUACCCUUUGUGUAUCUUUGUUGUCUUCAAAUCUUGCUCAAGGCCAACCGUUGGCUUGGAAUUCCGUGCCAUUCGGUCCCGUACCGCAAUUGCAGACCGCCACGGAAUGAAUCAUCCCGCCCGGCCUCGUCCGGUAGAUCCAUCGCUUCCAGCCUCCAAAUCUGAUGGUCCACCACCUGCCGCCGUUACGUGCCCGUCGUGCCCGUCGUGACCCGACAGCGUAGACCAAGGACUCUUCGUAGCUGCUUGGGACUUGGGACAAGGGCGCUUUGUCUUGCCAUAGGUACCAGU